AUGGUGGGGUCUGGGAUCCCAGCUUUGUGCCUUCUCCUGCUGAUGCUGGGCUCAGUAGAUGCGAAUGGAAUCCAGGGAUUUUUCUAUCCAUGGAGUUGUGAGGGAGAGUGUGGUGACCGAGAGAGCUGUGGGGGUCAGGCCGCCAUUGAGAACCCCAACCUCUGCCUUCGUCUGCGAUGCUGCUACCGGGAUGGUGUGUGCUAUCAUCAACGUCCGGACGGUGAAAAUAUGCGCAGGAAGCACAAUGUGGGCGCUGGCUGGACCUGCGGAAGCCUGCUCUUCCUGAUUACCAGUAUCUGCCUCUUCUGGUGGGCCAAGCGCCAAGACAUGCUGCACCUGCCACACUUUCUCCUGGGGAAAUGCGACCUGUCAAGAACAGUCUCCCUGCUGUCUAAGGACCGACCAUCGGUCAGCAAGAAGUCAACCACAGCUGGCACACCUAUCUCAGUGCCCAUGGAGGUGCUCGAACAGUCAGGAGGAGGCACCGAACCGGAAGCUACAGAAGCCGCGGAGGAUACAGAGGGAGAUGAUGAUUAG